CAGUUGGUGGCAAGCAGCGAAGCAUUGCGGUUGCAGAGCUGAAAGUAGCUUAAAAAAAGAAAACAAAAACAAUAUACGACUCGAGUUGCAUAACGGAAAUCAACUAAUUUUUGUGAAAGAAGCCAAACAAAAUUACUCAACAGCAUGAUUGAGCGAGAAAUUAUACACACAACAACCGCAUCGAAAAGAAUGUUUGAAUUUUUGCAGGACCUUCUGCAGUUAGUAGUGCUGCUUGCCCGUUUGUUAAUGGAGAUAUUGACUGUGCUGCUGCGAUUGUUAUUACCCAAAAACCUGAAAGAUAUAAGCAAUGAGAUUGUGCUGAUAACGGGAACAGGGCAUGGAAUUGGCAGAGAGCUCGCCUUACACUAUGCCGCUCAUGGCAGCACAGUGAUCUGUGUGGAUAUCGACGAGAAGAACAAUAUGAAAACUGUGCAGGAUGUGAAACGCUUAAAUCGUGGCGCAGUUCACAGCUUUAGCUGCGAUGUUUCGAAACGAGACCAGGUGCUGGCGCUGGCCAAGCGUGUGCAGUCGGAAGUGGGGCCUGUCUCCGUUUUGGUCAAUAAUGUGGGCAUCAUGCCGACGCAUCCUCUGCCCCAGCAGUCAGCUGAGGAGAUACUUCGCGUCUUUGAUGUUAACGUAUUCUCCCAGUUCUGGACCAUACAAGCAUUCCUGGAUCAAAUGAAGGAGCAAGGCAAAGGUCACAUCAUCUCAUUGUCGUCCGUUGCCGGGCUGGUGGGUCUUUCCAACUUGGUUCCCUAUUGUGCGACGAAGUUUGCCGUGCGCGGCUUGAUGGAAGCGCUACAUGAAGAGUUGCGCGAAGGACCGUACAAAGAUUUGAUAAAACUUACGACUAUUUUUCCAUACAUGACCAAUACGGGUCUUUGCAAGUAUCCGAAAGUUAAGUUUCCCAGUAUUUUGGGUUUGUUGGAUCCCAAACAUGUGGCUAUGCGCAUCGUGGAGGCGCAUCGAUCCAAUUGCCUGGAAGUUACGAUACCCAGUUGUUUGAUGUACAUUAACAAUUGGACUCGACUGUUACCUAGCAGCUGUGGCAUUCUGCUGAAAGACUAUAUUGAUAGUGGUGUCGAGUCGGAUUUGAAGUAAUUUUGUACUCGUUUGUCAUAGAAUAUGUAUGGAAUAUUAAAGGUUUUAUUGGCCAUCGA